GUUACAACAUAAUGUCUCAUAUAUUGCUGUGAAGAGCAGCGUUAAGCAGUUGUAAAAUCUAUACCAAUGUCGAAGUCAAAAAUGCCCCUUCGUGAAACUGCACAGGGGAGCAGAAUUCACACGAUUGACAUGACAGAGAGCGUAGCGCCACCUAGGAGGAAGAGUUUUCUUCAUGAAAUGGUAGACGACGUCAGGAAAGUAUUUGGCUUGUCCUUAGGGAUACAAAGUCCGGAUAUUGACGUUGAAGUGAUUCACGAUGAAGAGAAAAGGGUCCAUUUUACAGACGAAAUGUCGCUGAAGUGUGAUCAACAUGUUGCCUCCAGCCUGUUCAGGAUCACCAGGAUUACAAAGGAGCUGGACCCAGAGGGAGCCUUGAUCGUCCCCUUAGUGACAGACAUUUCCGAACCAGAUCACUACAACUUCUUCUUUUGGAUCAAGAGUCGAACCAAAUGGCAGGCAAUACCAGCGUGUUGCAAGGAUGGUGUGAUACGCGGUCGUUUGGAGCCAAUGGACAUAUUCUGUGCUGUGGCUGAAGUGAUUGUGGAAGUACACACAGUUUCGCCUUUCGGGAGUACAUUUGUAUCCCAAAAAGAUGAACGAAUUCAACUGGUGUUCCAAGAAAAUGCUGUAAAAGAGAACACUGAAUUUCAUUUCCAGGCAGAGUUAUUUGACCAAAAGAGGCUACAGGAGUACAAAGCACGCCAGCUCGGAGACUGCAUCAUCGGAGCAACAAACAUCUUAACUGUGACAGUCAGCACCCAGCUGCAGCUUCCUGCCCAACUAUCUUUGCCUCUCGACAUAGACGAGCCUGACGACACAGACGACAGCAAAGUGGUUUUCCUUCAUUAUCAUUCCAACAUGGACGGCGACACAGUUGUCGACGUUAUUGAGGACUGUAUAUCUGUGGACAACCGUUGCUAUACGACUGACGUUAUGAACUUUUGCAGCUUCGCUACAGGUCGAGUUUCGCGUUCAGCAUCAACCGACGCAAUAAGCGAAGCAGCUUUGCGUCUGAGGGGGGACAUCGACAUCUGCAACAUCAUCACCUUCAUCAACUACGAACCCGACGAGAAACUGUACCGUCUGUUGGUGGACUGUGUGGAUGUCACGCGGCUCGACGGCGCUGUAGGCGUUCACGAGGCUGGGGGAAUGGUGGAGGUCAAGCACAGUCGGUCAAGGGACAUUCAACUCAAGAACAAAGCAAAGAUUUCGAUUGAUCACGAUCUCUCGGUUGUUAAUAGCAAACGGAACAACAUAUAUGUCUUUCAGUAUUGCACAUCUCAGAACAACCACGUGACUAUUCCGUUCCAAAUCGAUGACAUGGGCGGAGUGAACAUCCGGUUUUCUUGGGGUGGUUAUGAUCAUAGAGUGUAUUUUCGGGUUAACAAGAAAACUCUUGAACGCUUCUGUAGUAGUGAUCCUACUGUGGUUAGAAGGACCCCAGUCAGGCAACCAAGAGGCAAGGCUGUCCAUGGAAGAGCAUCAAAGGUUUUGACGGAGAAGAGCAUGGAUGCCCUCGGCAAGAGCCUUCCCAUGAGCGAAUGGCAUGGCAUUGGGCUUCAACUCAGUCUAAACCAUGACGGCAUGCUAGCUCUACUAGAUGGCCACAAAAAUAUAUGUACACCAGGUUUUCUAAUCCUGAAAGAUUGGUUCCAAAAGAAUGGUACAAAAUCCGAAGAACAACUCCUAAAUGAAUUGACAUCUGCCUUGGAGGAGGUUGGAAGGGUCGACAUCGCCGAAGUUGUCACGAAUGUCCGAAGAGAGAACAGAGAGAUACGACGAUCUGAUUUUGAUGGUCGAUAUCAACCCAGAGAGGACAGUGUCUGUACUGACGAUAGCACCGCUGAGGAAGUUGGUCAAGAUGAAACUGGUGCCAGUAGUUCACAGACAUUUGAGGUCACACGAAAGAUGUCCCAGGACUCCUUCGAUAGUGGCGUGUCUGAAGAUGGCCCCUUGUCCAGACCACAGAUUGAGGACCACAUCUGUGAUUUACCAUCAAGAAGGGCUUCAACUGGAGUUGUUAGGUCCAAAUCAACUUCUUUCAUCUUUCCAGUUGAUCUUCAAUAACUGUGCGGACCUUAGAGUUUGCCAAGUAUGUCUGGCAAACACUUUAAGGCUGUGUUGGUCAUGGACUUGGCAAAGUCAAGCACACAUUUUCCUUUCUUCGGAGAUAAAUCCCCAUUAUAGAUUUGCACAGUAUCCUCUUGUAUGCGUCGAUGCAAAAAGAAGGGCUGGGUUUUGUUGAAAAAAAGCUGUGAAUAUGAUAUUAUCUGAACAUGGUAUGAUUGUGUACAUAGAAAAAAGUUCCCUAACACACUCUGUUUUUGGCCUCGUAUGUGGCCUAAUACGGGAGAUGAAUAUCUGGAAAAAUGACGGACAUCUGAUUCGUUACAUCGACUAGUCGUGGGCACAUUCACCGAAUGGAAAGAGAACUUAGGUAUCACCAACCUACAUUUGAGCUUUUUUGUUCAGAGCUAGACAAAGGUGUAAACCAACAGGAGACUCUAAAAAUACUUGUGCACCCGGCCCAACAACACUGUAUGCAAGGGGGCACCGUUGGUCCAGUCGUCUAAGGCGCCGCUAUUCGAUGUGCAGAGUUGUGUCCCUUUGGCACACCAGAAACCUAUGAUUGUGGGUUCGAAUCCCA